GAAGCUUCCAGGAGCUAGGGUUUCCCAUCCCGAUGGCCAUCGCCGACGCGGUGGUGCCCUCGCCGCCGCGGAUCACCGUCGCGGGGUUGGUGCUGUUGAUGCGCCUCGCCUUGGUCGCGGCCGCAGCGCUCAGCUACCUGAGCUUAGCGAGUGCGUGGGUUGCCUGGGCAGCCUGUGCCGUCCUGGCCGUCGGAUCCGAAGUUGGACGCCGUGCCUGGUGCGAAGCUGGUUCACUCGUGGCAUCCGCGUCUCUUAAGGUCUUGAUCUUCGCUGUCGUUCUCUUGGGUAUGCUCGCCCUCGCCUUGCUGCUGGCUGUGUGUGCCAUGGUCAGAAUGGGAUUCCUCGGAUGCAACUUUUCCUCCGAUGCCAAGAAGAGUUUUGGGCCCGCCAAGGAGUUGAUUUGGGAGUUGCUUCGUGACACUCGCGCGCAAUGGGUGCUUGCGUCUCUGACUUCCUACCUGAUAUCCACUGUCACUCGUCUAGUUAUCGGCUGGCUGUUACCAGUGAUGGGAUCAGAUGGUGGAAAGAUUGGUUCUGUAAUUGUGACUGUGGCGUUCUUAGGCGCCUUAACAAUUAUCACCUAUGGUCUAUCGUGCGAGCAGCCAAUUGGCCCAAAAUUUUCUUAUCUAGCAUGCAGCUGUUGUAAUCAAAUCACUGUAUUUUAAAAUUCAGAAAAAAACCUUUUAGGUUCAAGUCAUGCAUACUUGUGAUUUUGGUGGCUGUGCAGCUCGAGAGAUUACGGUAGGUAUGUGCUGUGGGAAGAAAACUGCUUGCAAGCAUCUUUUCUGGAAACUCUUCUGUCUUUGAGAAUUUCUCUGUUAAACCCACUAGAAAGUCUGAAUCAAGGGCUGGCUCUGAGGCCUACUCUACUUAGUCU